AUGCAGCAGCCGCACGAGGCCGACAAGGGCGUGUGGCUCUUUGACGAGGCCGAGCUGCUCACGCGCCACACGACGAUCGUGAACUCGCCCGAUGCGUACAUGCAGGCGCCCAAGACGAUCGGCGACCCUCAUUAUGGCGGCGACGGCGACGACUUGUACCUUGGCGGUGCGAUCCGCGAAGGCGGCGCGCUUGAGCUUUACUCCAAGGAGGCCAUCGGGCUCCUCGCCCAGUAUGCGGCCGUCGGCGUUGUCUACGGCUGCCUCCCCGCGCUCGUGUACCCCGUGUACGUCAAGUACAUGAACUUUGCUGGCUACGAAGCCGCGUCCUACUCGGUGCUCAUCACGAUCUGCUGGUCGUUCAAGGUCUUCCUCGGCAUGCUCUCCGACUGCUUCCCCAUCGGCGGCUACAAGCGCCGGCCGUACAUGCUCAUCGGGUGGAGCAUCUGCCUCGCGUGCAUGUGCCUCAUGGCGUUUGCGCCGUUUCCCGAGCCGUACCUCGGCAAAAGCCUUCGUCUCUCGGCUGCCGCGAUCAGCAAGGUGCGCGGUGGCGACCUCUCCAACUUGACGGCCGAGCAAAAGCAGCUCGUGAACGUGGAUGCGGCGGGCGAAGCCAACUACUGGAUCCUCCUCUCGUCGCUCGGCAGCUUUGGCUACAUGCUCGCCGACGUCGCCGCCGACGCCAUGGUGGUCGAGUACGCGCACCGUGAGCCGAUCCACAUCCGAGGGCGACUCCAAUCAGCGAUUUACGCGGUGCGGUACGCGUUUAGCAUGCUGCCGCUGCUCAUUGUGGGUAUUUGCAUGAACGGACCGGAGUACGACGGCAGCUUUACGUGGUCCAUUGGGCCCAACGUGAUAUUUGCGGUUCUGAUUGCACCGUGCGCACUCGCAAUCUGGGCGACGCUCUUCCUCAUCGUCGAAGACCGCGGCGUCAAGCCAUACGUUCGCAGCUACCUCUGGAACCUAUGGAACCUACUGCGACUGCGCGUCAUGUGGCAAAUCUGCGCAUUUCGCUUUUUGAGCAACUUUUUUUACAAUUUCGACUCGACAGCAACCCCCAUCAUCCCGAGUCUCUGGGCGACUGUGCGGCCGCUCACAAAGUCGCUCUUUGCGGUUGCCAACGCGCUGCUCACGUCGGUGGCCAUUUACAUUUGUGGGCGGUAUGGCCUCAACUGGAACUGGCGCACCACGAUUGCGCUGGCGACGAUCGGUGUCAUGACCAUUGACGGCACGAUCCUCAUGCUCACAACGUGGAAUGUGGUCCGGGAAGAGUACUUUUUCUCGACGACGCUGCUGCCCGACAGCCUCCCGGCCGGCAUCCGCUUCAUUGUCUCGGGCUACUGCGCAGUCGAGAUCGCCGACAUUGGCAACGAAGGCGUUGUCUUUGGCCUCGUCACGACGAUCGUCAACCUCGCGACGCCGUUUUCCACUGUCUUCUACAAGCUCCUGGGCUCGUACUUGACGCUGAGGCCCAAGGACUUGGCCAACGACACGUACGAUGUCCGCCUGCAAGUCACCUAUUCGUAUGCGAUUGCCUAUGGGUUCAAGAUGCUCUCGUUUGCGUUUCUACCGCUACUGCCGCCUCAAAAGGCUGCUGUCCAAAAGCUCAAGCGCAAAGGCGGCUCGAGCACCCCCGCGGCCAUCGCCGUGCUCGCUGUGUUUUCCUUUGCCCUUGUGUUUUCGAUCGUGACCAACGUCAUGGCGCUCUUCCCGCAAACGUCGUGCUACCGCGUCGCCGGUGGCAACGGUCUCCCGCUCAUCAAGAACAACGUGACCAUCUGCGGCUAGGUUUUGCGUGACUAGGCUUCUUCAUGGACUGCGCUCAUGGAAUUCCUGUGCGACGCCUCGAUUUAGAAUGGUAGACGGGGCAGCAUGAG